GUGGGUGUCAUGGGGGUAGAAGAGCAGAGUGGAAAAGCAGCAGCAGCAGCAGCAGCGAGACAGAGGCAAAGAAGAAUGUGAGAGGAGAUUGAUUGGCCUUGUGUGAGAGAGAGGUUUUAUUGGAUUGUGGGUGCGCUCAAGGCGCAUCUUGUGAGAGUAGCUGUUGGGUUAUGCUGAGUUUGUCGGGAUCCCCUCCCGCGCUUUUGCGGAUUUGGGCGCGUAUCUUUGGAGGAGGAGUAACUGCCUCGUCCCCUUCACACACACCCCCCCCCCCUUUUCUCUUGAACUGUUGUCCACCCUCCAUGUCCACUUGGGUGCUACAAAUUUACUCGGGGUGUCGAACCUUUUGGUAGCCACGCUCGUCUUACGGGCGUGCCCAGAGUUGGGGUCCCUGGCAGCACAGUUCCGCGCAUUCUAAUCGUUGUCAGCUUGUCGAGGGUUCGUCGCGUGCAUCGUUAGUAAAGAGGCAUUGCUUUGGUGGUUUCUAUUUGUGGGAAUCCGUUUCGGAGGUCUAUUACGUGCUGGGUUGUGUUUGUUUUCAAAUGCUUUUGGAGGUUAGGGCAACAAGGGCUUUGUUUUGAGACGGCAAGGAGUGAAGGUGGUUGUGUAGUGCUUCAUUGAAUCAUGGGCAUGAAGACUCUGAUGGUGGCGGAACCGCCACAACCAGUGGUCAUUUGUGGCCCAUCGGGUGUGGGUAAGGGCACGCUGAUCGGUAAGUUGAUGAAGGACUUCCCCGAGAAGUUUGGCUUCUCUGUGAGCCACACCACGCGCAAUCCCCGUUUGAAGGAGAUUGACGGAGUGCAUUAUCAUUUCGCUUCCCGCCCUGUCAUGACGCAAGAAAUCACAGAAGGCAAGUUUCUCGAGUCCGCUGAGGUUCAUGGGAACUUGUACGGGACGAGUUGGGCAGCAGUGGAGGCUGUGGCCGACGCCGGCAAGAUCUGUAUUCUGGAUAUCGAUGUUCAAGGGGCCCAAGCAGUGAAGAAGAGUGCCUUGAAGGCAAAGUAUAUUUUCAUAAAGCCUCCAGCCCCCGAAGAGGAAGAGCUUGAGAGACGUCUUCGAGGGAGAGGUACGGAGUCAGAAGAGCAAAUCCAGAAACGAUUAAGAGGCGCUAAGCAAGAGCUUGAGCGAGCCAAGGAUCCUAGUCUGUUUGAUUACAUCCUAGUGAAUGCUAAUUUGGAUCAUGCAUACGUAGAACUCAAGGGCAUUCUCGGUCUUGGCAGUCCGAUCGCAUCUGCUCAUUCUAAUGGCGUUGCCAUAUCUCUAGUGAAUAAAUCGAAGCUACUAUCAAAUGGUCACCUUCCAUCAGAAAACGGCUCAUCUACGAACGGCCAUGGGUUGAUGAUGGAAUCUGUGAAGACGGAUGCGAUGUACAUGAAUGGAUCCCACAGCCCAAAACCCAACGGUGUGAUGAAAGCUUUCAACUACAACCACACAUUACCAAUUUUGUCGUCACCCGAUAUUUUGGUUACUAUGCAUUCAGCAGCAGGAUCUCCAAGGUCGAAAAGAAUCCCAGCAUCAUAACCCAGCGAACGACUAUUCCCCUGGUCUCUAGUGGGAAAAACCAAAAAUCCUUUAGUUCUGUGGUACCCUAUUCUUCAGUCUGUCAUACCUUGCAGAGGAGACUAUUCUUGUCGGAGGUGGGUUCGCAUGAAACCACUACCGCACAUCUUACUGCCAUUUUUAUUCAAGGAAAGCAAGCAUCUGAUUCUCAGGUAAAUAUGCUCCCCAAUUUUAGGCUUCAGUAGAGUAGACAGUAGCCAAAUCCUCUUAUUUCUCUCAAAAUCUUCAGGAAAUUCGCAUUCCAGAUUCGGAAACGAUAGCUAAAUAUAUCAGGAAGUGAAGUCUCGGUAGACUUGCUUUCUGCACAUGUUGGGAUCGCCAAUAAACCGAUCUUCCUCGUAGUGGCUAGUAAUUAAGGCAAUUGCAGAGUCUGCGAUUCCAGAAAGCGAAUGAACAGCUCCAAGGCACUCUGGCCACUCGGUCUAUUUUUUUAAAUAGAUAUUAAGCCAAGCUAUUUUAACCUGA